AUCGAUGGCGAGUGGUAUCUUCCUGUAUGCAGGUUCACUGAUGGCAGUACUGUGUGUAGCAGUAGCUGUGUGCUACAUCUGCUACCGCAUGGGUAUGUCCACAUCAAGUAAUCAACCACAUGAUGCAGGCCACAGUGCUGUAACAGGACAAGAUGAAACAGUAGAGUACCAGGCCUUAAAUCGAUACUGGGAAAUUAGAGAGGCAGACAUGAACACGACCUGUGAGCCACCCAACAGACCAGGACAAGAUGAAACAAAAGAGUACCAGGCCCUACAACGACACCGGGAAAUUAGAGGGGCUGACAUGAUUGCAGAGUGUGGGCCAUCACAUCACCAAGAUAUAAGUAAAGAGGAGGCUUCCAUCUUCCCUGUUACAGAAGAAGGUGUCCCUGGCGAAGAUGCAGAUACCAGUUCGUCUGGAGCCACUGAAACAAACACAACCACAGGUGCAAGAUAUAUAUCGCCAAUUAGUGAUGACUACAUUGAACCAUAUUCUGAAUAAUUACAAUGUAUGUUGUUUCCAUUUGAUUGCCUCACAGCUAAUAGAAAAACGACACCGAAUCCACUUGUCAAAUGUGAUAAGUAUACGCAUGAAACAAAGCUGUUAUUACAAGAAUGGUUUUCCAUCUUAAAGAUGUGACUGUUCAUGUUUGACGGGGACACUGAUGAUAUCAGAGACGCAACCAUGUCAAACAAACUGAAUGCAUUUAAACGGGUGGUCCUUCAAAGCUAUCAGACGUCAACAGGGCUACCUUUACACGAAAAUCAGCCCAUCAGUGAGACAAAAUGGCAAAAUCAAUGCCUACGGACGGAAGACAUUGCUUUCAUUUGUACGACGACUGCUAUUAGCAACACAUCCCUGAAUACUGAAGUGACAAUGUCCAAUCAGUCCGUAUCCAACCGUCAGAACCUUGGGUAAUUGCUUCAGAGCAGCAGGAAUGGCUUCUACUGACAUAUCACCAUCAGAGGCUCCGUUUGACAUGGUCUUUAGUACAACGAGCUUGGAACCUGGGAACCUGAUGGAAAAGUCAUUGGGUGGAUGCAUGCAGGUUCCUGCUUCAUGUCAGGAAAGGACAUCUGAGGGUUUUUGCGGCACAGGAAUACGGCCUAUAUGUCCAGGAGCAUCAGUCUAACUAUCUCUGAUGGGGAGGGGGAGCUCGGUAAUUUAGGGGUGUAUCCCUCACGAUUGCCAGCUGGUCCUGGUCACCGUUCAAGGAAACUCCCCGUUUCGACAACCGCCAACUCGACACAGAACCUUAUAUAAUUGAUGGUAAUGUCAGACCCCACUGUCCCCAGGCAGUGACGGCCUACCCCCCAGAACAAUGCUGUGACGACUUUCCUUGGCCCGCCAGAACUGUUCAUUGUACACAGGCACUGGAGCCCUAUGUACAAAGGUAGCGUGAGUUUGAAGCUUCUAUGCAUCGGGAGUGGCUGAAGAGAUUAAGCACAGGGGGAUGCCAUGUAGGAUUUAUUAGCUACCUAACUUUGAAAUUCGGGUGUCAUCUAGGGCCUCAAGUGACAUUUCAUCAUGUAAUACCCAUCUGAUAUCGUCGUAUGAACUCUGCAACGCCAUACUAUAAGAGAUGUUGUUGUUGGCCAACAAUAAUGCCACUAAAUCUAUACUCAGCAGACAAUUGUAGUUGUUCAUGCCACCAGAGGGUCUUAGCACAUCGUGUCAGUAAUGACAUUCAAAAGCACUUGUUUCAUUACUCAUUGGAUGUGGUUAUUGGUGCACUGAACAUAUGUGUGAUGUAAAAAUGUA